AUGAAGCAGACGUUACAAAAGCUACAAUCGUCUAAUGGUUGUGAAUCUCAGGUUGAUUGUAAGUCUUCUCUUGCUGAACUUAAAGUCAAGAUAAAAGAUAUAGCUCCCCUCACUCAGUUGGAAAGCAUGCAGAAGGAACUGAACCUAGCACUUAGCAAAUAUCCAAAGAUUAUGGAGAAAUCCCUCAUUCCUGAUAUUACCAAGGCUUAUAGAAACAUUGACUUUGAUACCCACACAACUAAUGCGAUUAUUGGCGGCCAUUUCUAUCAGCAGGGCCUAUUCGAAGUUGGCGACUGUUUUAUAAGUGAGACUGAGGAAUCAGAAGCUGCGGCUGCAUUGAAAUCUCAGUUUCAGGAAUUAUUUCGGAUGGUUGAGGCAAUGAAACAUCGGAAUCUGGAGCCAGCACUGAGCUGGGCCGCGACUAAUUCCAAUAAACUCAAACCAAAUGGAUCAGACAUGUUACUGAAACUUCACAGUCUGCAAUUUGUCGAAAUACUGCAAAAGGGAAACAGAUAUAGAGCUCUCCAGCUUGAGUACUCCCCAUACUCUCACUUAUUAUCACCAGCCAAUUGGGACAAAGUUACCGGGGAGCUAACCAGGCAGUCCCGCAAUAUUCUGGGCCAAUCUUACAAGAGCCCGUUGAGUGUGACCAUGGGUGCAGGGAUUCAGGGCUUGCCGCCUCUUCUCAAGUUUGUGAAUGUAAUGGCAGGAAAGAGACAGGAAUGGCAGUCUCAGAAGCAGUUACCUGUGCUAGUAGAGUAA